AUACUUGCAACGAGCCUUACUGCGGUGCCUUCGCACCAGGCACAGAUCCAGACGAUCCUCAACGUUUCUGCGAACGUCAUCGCCAAUGUCUAAGACCGCACUGCCCACGUCUCUGCCAUACUCGCGACAACGGACACCCCACACCUUUCUGCGGUGCGCAUUAUUGCGAGGCACAUGACUGCGAUGAUGGUCGUGAAAGGGGUGCUUUCUGCCAUGCGCAUACGUGUGUCGAGCCAGGCUGUGUAAGAGGGAGGCAGACCCCUGGAGAGUAUUGCAGGGAGCAUACGUGUAGGACUUGGAACUGCCGCGUGAGGAAGAUUGGGAGGGAGUUUUGUCCGCAGCACGAGUGUGCCUAUGAUGGCUGUGACGCUGAAGUGGUGGAGGCUAGGUUUUGUGAUCGUCACCAGAGGCGUAUGUGGGCUAGAUAUGGAGGAAGAAGAUAUCCGGCUCCAGAGAUGAUAUAUCCUAUCUACGACGACCGGAUAUAUCCCUAUGAUAUGUGUCCAGGCAUCCACGACAGAAGAGGAUGUGGCCGAAGACCUGAACACGGCAGUCCAUUCUGCCAACACCACAUCUGUCACGUCCCCAACUGUCCAUCCCCUAGGACCCGAUCGUCCCAGUUCUGCAUUGAUCACGAGUGCCUUGUAGAAGGGUGUCCUCGCCCAAGGAAUACACGAUCCCGCGGGAUUAGAGAUGGCGACUCGCAAUUCUGCGAUCAACAUAUAUGCAGACAUCCUGGUUGUCCAAUACAAGCUAAUGAAGACUCAGAUAGAUGCAUGCUUCAUGAGGAUGGUAUGCCUAUGUAUAGGAACAGGAACAGGAACAGGAAUAGGAUGGCGGAUGGUGAUGGGGAUAGAAUGGGAAGAGUCCCUCGAGGUUUCAGGAAUCGAAAUUACCAUGAUGAGAAUGAAGAUGAGGAUGGGCUCCCGCUUCGUCCAAGACGGUUUGGAUGGGCUGAGCCGAGGAGCAAUCAAUUCGCAGCAUGGGGUAGAGCAGUGUGAUAGUGCCAAGGGUGACUCAUUUCAGCCAGACACUCAGCCACAGUUGACGAGGACUGGUUUGUUGGGGGCGGUCUUUGGUGGGAUACAUAGAGUAGAACGUAAAUCGAGGC